AUGAAACACCAGACACGCGUCUUCGGUAAUAGGUCUGAUACAAGUGAUGUAAAACUGGAUGAGUAAUUCAUUAGACUUGAUUAGUGCCCAUUAGAACUUUUUAAUUGGGUUAGAAAUAUGGCAUUUAGAUUGUCAACAUUGACGAUAGGCAGUGCCAUAGUUGGUGGUGUCGGUGCAGUUGUAGCUGCACCUGCUGUCCUGGGGGCAGCAGGUUUUACCGCAGCUGGCGUUAAAGCAGGUUCAAUUGGAGCAGCUGUGAUGUCAGCAUCUGCAAUUGCUAAUGGGGGUGGGGUUGCAGCUGGGAGUUAUGUAGCCGUUCUUCAAUCUGCUGGCGUACUCGGAUUAUCUUCGUCAACUUUGGCAGGCCUGGGGGCAGCAGGUUCUACUGUGGCUGCUAUCACAACAAAUUCGAUUGCAGCUGCUCUUCAAACUGCUGGCGCACUUGGAUUGUCUUCUUCAACUUUGGCAGGCCUGGGGGCAGGAGGUUCUACUGUGGCUGCACAUGCCGUUACAGCAAAUUCAAUUGGAUUAUCAAUGAUGUCAGCACCAGCAGGUGGAAUUGUGGCUUCUCUUAAAUUUACAGGCGCACUUGGACUAUCGUGUUCAACCUUGGCAGGCCUGGGGGCAGGAGGUUCUAAUGUGGCUGCCGUUGCAGCAAAUUCAAUUGGAUCAGCAAUGAUGUCAGCAUCACUUUACUCACUUGAUAUUCAUUUUUAA